AUGGACUUAGAAAAGUUUGACAUUCAUAUAAAUCGUGUGGAAUAUAAGAAUGAAAAGGUUUAUUACAUUAUAUUAGUUGAAUAUAAUGAAUUGAAAUAUGAGAUAAAUAAAAGAUAUAGUGAAUUUGAAGAAUUAAAUUGUGAAUUAUUACAUUUAGGUUUUUCAGCCUUACCAAAUUUACCCAAAAAAAAAUUAAUGUCUUAUAAAAAUAAUGAAUAUAUAAAUUAUCGUAAGAGAAUAUUAAAUAGUUAUAUCCAAAAUUUAUUUAUUAGACCAGAUAUAAGAUGUUGUGGAGUAUUUUUAAAUUUUAUUUUAUUUUAUGAUAAAAUAAAUUUAUCUGUAGAUAUAGUCAAAACCAAAUUAAUAAAUAAUAUAGGUACACAAAAAUUUUCAUUAAGUGAUAUAUAUAUUAAUGAGAAAUAUAAUUUUCUUAUUUGUGUUUAUGAAGAUAAAAGUAAUUUAAGUAAGCUAGGAAAAUUAUGGUCUAUUAUUGAACCUGAUAUGUUAGGAGAAAUUAAAAUUUUUUCUUAUAAUAAUGAUUUAACUUCAACAUUUGUUGAAACAUAUAAAGAACAAACUAUAUAUAAAGCUAGGAAUAUUGUUUGUUCUGAAAAAAAUAAUCAAGCUAUUAUUUCAGGAGAUGAUGGCAAAAUAUAUAUAUAUAAAAUAAAUAUAGAAUCCUUUACAUUAACAUAUAUUAAAAAUAUUAACUGUCAUCUUGAUACUAUAUUAAAAAUGAUGCAAUUUAAUAAUGAAUUAUUUUGUACAUGUGGGUAUGAUAAUGCCUUUAGAUUAUUAAACUUAAAUGAUAAUUUUAAAAUAUUAAGUGGUGGGAGAUGUAAUAAAAGAUUAGAUAAAGACAAAAUUACCACUUGUCAUUUAUUAUCAUAUAAUAAUAUUAUUAUAGGAACAGAUGCAUCCUUAUUUUUUAUUUAUAAUAUGUCUACUAAUCCACCCAUAUAUAUUGAUACAAAAACAAUAAAAAACGGAACUAAAAUUAAUUGUUUUACAAAUACAGAUAAAUAUCUAUUUGUAGGAUAUGAUAAUGUAAUUGCAUGUUAUAAUUAUCAUUAUAUUAAUGAAUCCAAAACUUAUAAAAAUAUGGACAAUAUAGAAAAUUUUAAAAAUAUCAAAAAUAUAAAAUAUGAUCAUAACUUAAAAAAUGGGCAUACCAAUAUGAAGCCAACAAAAAAUUAUUUUGACUCUUACAAUAUGAAUGAUAAUAAAUUUAAUGUCUCAACACCAUAUUCUGAUAAUAUAAAUUCUGAUUCUUCUUUUUAUGGUAAUCCAUCUAGUGGUACUUAUGCAACAUAUAAUGAAUCUCAAAAUGUUAGUAAUUAUGAUAUGAAUAAAUAUAAUCAUAUAAAUGAAAAUAUGCAUAUUAAUCAAAAUGACAAACAUGACAAAAAAUAUGAUAAUAUAAAUAAUUUACACAGCAACAAUAAUAAUAAUAAUAAUAAUUAUAAUAAUAAUAAUAAUAAUAAUAAUCAUCUGUAUUGUAAUGAUGAGGAAGAAAUAGUUAUUUCCAAACUUAUUGUUGAUAAUAAUAUUUCCGCAUUAUAUAUACCACCAUUACUAUACGAUAAUAAUGUUCUAUCAUUAUGUGUCAAUAAAGAAAAAAAAAUCCUAUAUGCAGGAUAUGAAGAUGCUAUCAUUAUAUGGUCUAUAACAAACGGAAUAAUCAUCUCUUCUUUUCAUGGACAUACUAAUGGCGUGCACUUUUUGAAAUACCUGAACAAGUCAGAAUUUUUAUUAUCCGGAGGUAAUGGAGGAAAUGUAAAAAUAUGGAAAAAUGACUUGGAACAAUUUAAAAUAUGGAAACCUAAAAAAACAUAUAAAUUAAAAGAUAAUAAACGUUCAAAUUCUGGAUUAAACAAAAAUGAAUUGUAUUAUCACAAUAAGGUAAAUCCAGAAAAUAACUUCAAUUUUAAUGAUAGUGAUAAUACAGAUAAGGAUGCCAUAAAUAGUGAUCACAGUGAUGCUAUGUCAAUUAAUAAUUUGAUAGAAGAAACAAAUAAAAAACAUGAAUAUGAUGUUUAUGAUACUUCUAGUUAUAAAAAAAAUAUUAUCAAUUAUAAUCAAUCACAAAAAAAAAAUGAUAGUUAUAAUGAUUUAAAAACGAAUAUUUUUUAUGAUAAAAAAAAUGAAAAUAAUUAUAUCAUUAAGGAUUAUAAAACGGAUGUAACCAAUUUAGAUGUAUGUGAACUUACUAAUAAUAUCUCUAAAAAUGAAAAACAAAAUAAAUUUAGUUAUUUUGAGGAAGGUCUUCAUUAUGAUGAUAAAUAUGCAUAUGCUUAUAAUAAGUCCCAUGAUAAUAAUGAUAGUCAAGAUAAUGUAUCCUAUGAUAAUAUAAAACAAAACAGUAUGAGAUAUAAUAAUAAUAGUCAAGAUAAUAUAUCAUAUGAUAAUAUAAAUCAAAACAGUAUGAGAUAUAAUAAUAAUAGUCAAGAUAAUAUAUCUUAUAAUAACCCAUCGAAUGAACAAGUUAUAUAUCCGAAUGUAUCAAAUGAUAAUGGAUUUAAUGAAAAGACACCUUAUUAUUAUGAAAAUACACAAAGUGCUAAAUAUACACAUGGAUCAUAUUCUCAUAAAAAUAGUCUUAGUAGUAUAUAUGAAAAUUAUUCAUAUGAAAGUAAUAUUGAUAAAUAUUCAUCAUAUCCCAAGGUUUCAACAGAAAAUAAUAUAUAUAUGAAAAAAGAUACACAUGAUAUAAAUUAUAGUUAUACUACUACAGAUGAUGUACCAUAUAAUAAUUACAAACAUGAUAAUAUGCAUAAUGUAAAUAUUAAACAUAUUAAAGAUAUUCAUAAUAAUGAUGUUAAAAAUAAUAUAGUUUAUUUGAGUGAUGAGGAGGAUGAAGAUUUAAUAUCAGCAUUUAGAUAA